AUGGUGGCGAAGAUGGAGAACUCAGGGAAUAUGUUCGCAAGUGUCACAGAACUGACAAUGGAGCUCCUAAUAUCUGCCUUAGGACUCCUGCGAGACCGAUAUGUAAGGCUUCAUCUUUCUCAGAGAAUGAACAAAGUGAUGAAAGUAUUGACUAUCGAUCGCUAUGACUGCGUUUUGAUUCAACGAAGUCGAAUAUCAACGAUCAGCACAGAUGCGUUCACCGGUAUGAGCACAGUGGAGACGGUGGAACUGUUUGACAAUCAGAUUGGAAUGAUCGCCGCCAGAGCAUUUGCUUCGAUCGUGAAUCUGGGACGAAUACGAAUCGCUCGCAAUCACAUCGAGACACUUCAGACAGUUGAGUCAUUACUAUCGACAGCAGUUCAGACACGUAUGGAGGAGAACACACUCGAGUGCGGUUGCGAUCUUCAGUGGAUGACUGCGCAUGAGGACCGUCGUAUGGCCGAUGUGAACUAUUGUGGACCAAGUGGUGUGCAUCGAACGGUUCGCACUUAUUUACGGCAAUAUUGCCAUCGACCGAAACCUACGGUAUCGUCGACGUUGUCGUCAUCAGAAACGUCUUUUGUCGUUACCAACCAUGAUAGGAUGCUUGGCGAGCCAAAGAAACCUAGCUCUGUCGCUAGAUUCCGAUUAUUUGUCUGUAUGAUUGUAUUGUUAAUCAGUUUCCUAUUGUAA